UCCAAGUCCUCGAACGGUGUGCGACGUUCCGGUCUCUGCAGUGCAGCCGUCAUGGAGUUUCCACCCUUACAGAACGAUCUCAUUUUACGAGCUGCUGCUGGUGAGCGUGUAGAGCGAGUACCAGUGUGGGUGAUGAGACAAGCAGGAAGAUAUCUACCAGAGUUUCGCGAAGUGCGCUCUAAACAUGAUUUUUUCGAGAUUUGUCAGACGCCUGAAUUAGCUUGUGAGGUUACUCUGCAGCCUCUAGAACGGUUCGACUUGGACGCUGCUAUUAUCUUCUGUGACAUACUUGUUAUUCCACAGGCAUUAGGCAUGGAAGUUCAGAUGGUACCUAAACAGGGUCCGGUGUUUCCUAUUCCAUUAGCGUCUCCAUUGGAUAUACAAAAACUUCGAUUUGAUGUCAACAUAAGUGAAGAGUUAAAAUAUGUAUUUGAUGCAAUUACCUUGACGAGGAAACGUAUCAAUGGCAAAGUGCCUCUGAUUGGCUUUUCUGGAGCACCGUGGACAUUAAUGGCGUACAUGGUUGAGGGUGGUGGCAGCAAGACUCUCUCAAAGGCAAAGGGUUGGCUGUACAAGCAUCCAGAUGAGAGCAAGAUGCUGUUGGAGAGGAUGUCUGGUAUUAUAGCAGACUACUUGGCUCAACAAGUUAAAGCGGGAGCACAGAUGCUACAGGUGUUUGAAUCUAAUGCGGGAUACUUGGGACCAGGAAUGUUUAAAGAGUUUUCUCUACCAUAUCUUCGAUCAAUAGCAGGCAUGGUCAGAAAGAAAGUCGAUGAACUUGGACUCAGUCAAGUGCCACUUACAGUGUUUGCGAAAGACGCUCAUUAUGCUCUGGAAGAACUGGCUUUUUCUAAUUAUGAUGUCAUUAGUUUGGACUGGACAAUGGAUCCUCAAAUCUCUAGGGAAAGGGUAGGUGCAGGUAUCACUCUUCAAGGCAACUUCGAUCCAUGUGGACUGUACGCUUCACAUGAUGUCAUAAAACGUCAAGUUGAGGAUAUGGUCAAAGCAUUCGGAUGUCAUCGGUAUAUCGCCAAUCUCGGCCAUGGAAUGUACCCUGAUAUGGAUCCCACUCAUUUAGGGACAUUUAUUGACUCUGUACAUACCGUCUCAGAGCUUCUCCUCAAACAACCAAAAGAACAUAAUUAGCCAAACUAGUGAAACAGUUUAAGUGUUGGUUUCACGUUUGUGAAACCAGUAUAGUAUUGGAGAGGGACCGAGAAUAGUGCAAUACCAUCAAAGAUGAAACUCUG